AUUAGCCUCCAAUCAGUUGAAAUGUCACAAUUCAUAAUCGCUGGGGAAAGUAAUAAAACCAUCAGUUCGAAAUAUUUUUAACUACAAUAUCAAACGCAUUAUGUUAACGAUGUACACAAGAAACGUUUUCUCGUUAUUACGGAAUGUGCGAACGCGUGAUUUGCAUUUAGGCAAUUUUGUAUUUUCUCCAGUACUCACAGGAACAAGUAAUGUUCCUAAAACCCUGUCCUUGACUCGGGUAAUACAAGCACAGCCAACCGCUGUAAGUACAUUGCAGCUACGAGGUUAUGCAAAAGGCAAAGAUAAGAAAAAGGAGAAAGGUAAAAAAGCGGGUAAAAUUGAAAUCAAUGAAGCGCAACUUCGCGAAGUUAUCAAUUUUGACUCCGUAAAUGAUCAUAUGCAGAAGGCAGUACAACAAAUGAGAGAUGAUUUUGUAAAACAUUUGUCAUUGCGUUCAACAUCAGGUGCUAUAGAAAGUCUGCGUGUACAUAUUGAUGGUGCUGAACAUGAAUUGCAAGAACUCGCACAAAUCUCAAGGAAAAAUCCUAAAACUAUAGUUGUUAAUAUGAUUGCUUUUCCUCAAACUAUACCGGAUGUGCUAAAAGCAAUUGCAAAUAGUGGCAUGAAUCUUAAUCCUCAACAAGAUGGAACUACUAUAUUUAUACCCAUACCGAAAGUCACAAAGGAACAUCGUGAGAAUCUAUCGAAAAAUGCAAAAACUCUUUUCGUCAAGUAUCGUGAUACUAUUCGGGACAUUCAAAAUAAUACUAUAAAAAAGCUAAAGAAACAAAGUGAUAUAUCUAAAGAUGAUAUUUUCGCCAUUCAAACACAAGUUACCGCUGUCGCUGACAAGUACAUAGCAGAAGCAGAUAAAAUACUUGCAACGAAACAAAAAGAGCUGGUUGGCGAAUCAUAAUUGGCAUACGGCAGUGGGGAUUAAAGCAUUAAGACUGAAUUAUUUCGGUAAUAAAAAUAAUAAAAAGUGUUCAUAAAAAAAUGUAAUUUGUUCUGUUUGUAUGGUAAUUAAUAUGAAUAUAAAAAAUACUUUUAUAUUGAAUUGAAAAA